UGCCCUGGGGACGUUUGGUUUCUCCCUGACCACCGGGGGGCACCCACCUCUGAGUUCAUCUCCACCCUGAAUCCUCCACCUCCAGACAAGCUGUCCCACACUGCUUCCUCCCCAUCAUCGUCUUCUCUCCAGGUCCGUCUUUCUCCCUCCUCCUGGAACCCACAGGCCCAUCUGGACUCCCAGUCAGCCCUCUCCCUCCAUGAGGGACAGGGGGAGGCGGCGGGGGCCGUGGAUGUGGACCCCCAACCUCUUCAGCCUGGUUCACUGGGGAACCUCAGUGACCGAAGGCAACUAUCUUACCAUGAUGUGUCCACUCUAACCGACCUUUGCUCAGACCUGCCAGAGCUGGAAAUAGUGAGUCUCCUAUCAGAAGGUCAACCCAACUACACUCUUCGAGCAGACAGUGUGUUUGGAUAUGACAACGAUGACUGGCUGCACACUCCCCUGCUGCCACCAGAAGUCGUGCUGGGACUCACAUAUGAGCAGAUUGAAGAGACUCUCAAGUACUUCUUGCUGUGCUCAGACAGAGUUGGUCAGGUCACCAAGACGUAUCAUGACAUCAAGGCAGUUACCCACCUGCUGGAGGAGAAAGAGCGGGAUCUGGAGUUAGCAGCUCGAAUUGGUCAGUCGCUCCUGAAGCAAAACCAAGAGCUGUCAGCACGCAAUGAGAUGCUGGACGAACAGCUGGAAAUUGCAAAGGAAGAGAUUGCUCAGCUUCGCCAUGAACUCUCAAUGCGAGACGACCUCCUUCAAUUCUACGCAAGCACUGAGGAGAUCGAGAAUGCUCAGGCGCAAUCAGCAAUUAAAAGAAAUGAAUCAAGCAGUUCCCUCAGCAACUUCGUUCACUAUGACUUCCUGCAGCAGAAACUGAAGAGUUUAGAAGAUGAGAACCGCAAACUGAGAUUAGAGGCCAGUGAGCUGUCAACAGAAACAACGAACUAUGAGGAGCAGGAGCAGGAGCUGAUGAUGGUGUGUGUGGAAGAGCUCUCAUCUGUGAAUAAGCAGGUGGUGGACCUCUCGGAGGAGUUGGCACGAAAAGUAGAGGAUACUCUGCGACAGCAGGAAGAAAUCAGCUCUCUACUUGCACAGAUUGUUGACCUGCAGGCCCGCUGCAAAGGGCUCGCCCAUGACAACGAGGAGCUGACCCAACACCUCAGUGCAUCCCGUGAGAGCGAGCUACAGCUUAGAGCAGAGCUCACGGAUUUGCAGGACAAGUGCUCAGAGUGUGAGGACAUGCUGCACGAAGCCAGGAAGGACAUUAAAAAUCUACGAAACAAGAGUCUGCCAAACAGCACGGUGCAGCGGUACACUGCGCUGGCCUCUGUCCUCCCUAUGGACUCACUGGCAGCGGAGAUAGAAGGCACCUUUCGGAAAGGCUUGGACACGCCGGCUCCAUCAGAGUACAAGAACCACCCAUGGCGCGUGUUUGAAACCGUGAAGGUGGUGAACAAGGCUGGGAGGAUGCGGUCUCAGUGCCACUCGCCAGGGCUGCCAGGCUCCAGCCCAGUUUCUACUCACUCCAGUUGCACCAGUACCCCCCGCACCAGCUACUAUGGUUCUGACAAUGCUAGCCUUACUCUGGAAGACAAGCCCAACUCCACUCAAGCUCAGAAAGAGGACAUUAGUGUUAGUGCUCCAAAGCGUUUGGGUCAGCCGGGCACACCUGGAGGCCAGGACCUCGAAGCUGCCUUGCGCAACCUUUCAGUCCGCCAGCAGAACCAUUCCUCUGACCGGCCUUUCUUUGACGUAGAGCGUGAACGUAAACUCCGUGCCUUGGCAGCAAACAGCGAGGAAGGCGAUGGUUCCAGUGGCUUCCUGACACCAAACGACAGCCUGGCCUCCAGCCCAGCAGCAUCAACAGGAACCAACUACUCCAACGGCAGCUCACGGCACUCCUGUGGCUCCUCAGGAGGAUCCAGGUCCUACCUGCCUGACCGUCUGCAGAUUGUUAAACCUCUGGAAGGCUCAGUCACUCUGCACCACUGGCAGCAGCUGGCCAAGCCAAACUUGGGAGGCAUCCUUCACCCACGCCCAGGCGUCCUGACUAAGGACUUCAAGGAGCUGGAGGUGGACAUACAACAUGUCUACAGCCUGAAUGACCUGGAGGAGGAUGAACCUGACCUGUCUCAGUUGUCUGGAGCUCUUGGCCUGGUCUCUUCACCGGGCCUCAACCUCCCUCAGACCCCUCCCACACAUACCAUUACCACCUGCAAAGUCCUCCAACCCUCCCCUCUCAUCCCUUCCUUCUCCACUAGGAGUGGAUGCUCUCUUGCUGUGAUCUUUUCUGGAUGUCCACUUCUAAGGAGAGCAGCAGCAGUCCUGAAUCUCUUCUACUUCCUUCUCGCUUUCGGCCUGCCAUCUUGUCGGAACUAUGAGCACGUGAGCACUUCAUCUCCCUCCCACCUGCAGCCCUUUGGCAGGGGAGACCCCACCACCGCCACCACCACAACUGUCACCACAUCAUCACUGGGACUCGUGCAGCUCCUUCGAGAGCGUGGCAUCUCAGCCUCCCCUAAUCCAUACGUCAACCUGCACUACAGACAUAGUGCACGACCUUCACGUUCCACAGUAAAAGACAAAGGUGGACGCUUGGACAAAGGUGGAGAACGGAACAUUUUCAGCCUGAACUUAGUGGAGAAGCUUCAGAGACUCGGGUUGCAGAGAGUGGCAGCCUGGGGGAUGAUGGGCCACCGUGGAGAAGAGAGAGAAGCUGUCCAACAUCCUCCAAAAGCCUGAUGUGUCCACCUCCUCCUCCCCCUCCUCUCACCGUAGUGACUUUUUGAUUCCUACAAUGCAGUUCAGGACCCACCACAGCACCGUGUCUUGAAAACUAAAGCCACAGAAUGUGUUAGAGCCAUACUUGAGCUAUUGUUAGUGUAUAGUAGUAUUUUUUUUCUAUGAACUCAUGCACAUUAGUGUUGCUUGUUUAUGAGACAUCUUCAUCUCAGGACGGCCACCUGGACACAACUCACACACAACGAAACAUCAUGAAAAGAUCUUUUUAUACUGCGUUUUGUGAACGUCAUUUUACACUUUUUCCCAUCGCUGGUUUUAAAAACCUCAUAGCAUAUGUUUUUUUUUGUUUUAGUUUCCAAAGUGAAACAUCAGCUGUGUGUAAAUAAUACUGUUGUUGUUGAAUAUUUAAAAAGAUUACAUGCAGUAAAUUAUUGUUGGUUAAAACCACGAAUCAAAUCGAUACUGUCACACUGUAAAACAUCCAAAUGCACUAAAACACACUGGUCUUCCUGCUUAGACGCUGCUACUUAUAGAGAAACCAUGUUGUGUAGAAAAACACAUCUGAUGAUAGAAAGACUGAAGUAAAUAAUGUUGUAUUUUAGCUAUCUACCCUCCACUUCAUAAUCUGCUCUCUCACCAUUUCCCAUGUCUUUUCCUGGAGCCAAACCUCACUGAAACCAAAUCAGAUUUUCUUUGCAGCAUCAAAGACAGUAAAUGGGAUUUUUAGAAGAAUGAAUGUGUCCUCGCUUCUUGUACAAAUCUGCUGUAUUUCAUGUUUCAGGAAUAUUUAAACUGCUGGGACUUGAUCCAAACCACGAUGGGCAUUCAGAGUGAUCUUUGGAUUAUGCUGGUAGUAUUUAAAUAAAAGUAGAAGUGUUGUCAUGAUUAUUUAAGCAGCAUGUUUUUGUCUGAACAAUCAACUGUAGCUAAAAAAAAAGGCAUAGGAUACUGUGGAUUUAAAAGGGAAGAAAUCAUAAACACAAGUUAUGAUAAUUUGUUUUCUGACUUAAAUCAGCCAAACCACUGUUUUUUCUGCACUCUUAGCUCUAGUCUAUUAGGUACAUGUCACUGUGUGUUUAGAUUGUACCACCUGUGAAUAAAACAUUGCAUUUCUGUCCUGUA